AUGAUCAAGCCUGGAAACGAGAGGUCCACCUGGGAAAUGAAGUUCUUCCUCUUCGCCACGUUGCCACUGUUGGUAUUGGGUGGUUGUCCCGAUGGCUUUGACAAUGCUCCCGAAUUCGCGAUGUGCUAUGGAUCUCCAGAAAUUGUUGGCCACGGCUACGAUAUCGAUGAGCGUUCGUGUCAGACAUACGGAGGUCAUCUCGUCUCCAUCGACAGUAUCUUCAAAAAUAACCAGAUCGCUGCAUACGUUAUGAAAGAUUUCGCUCAAAAUCGUGCGAUGAUCGGUCUGCGAAGAUUCCCGGAGCGCAAUGACACGAAUUGGUACUGGUCUGAUGGCUCAGCAAAUACAUAUCGCAAUUGGGUUGGAAGCGCCGAACCAGCGGCUGGGCUAAAUUGUGUGGCUCUGGACAAUAAUGAUAAAUUAUGGUAUGGAGUCAAUUGCGGCGAACAGAUCCCGUAUAUGUGUGAACUGACAGCACCGAAUCAAUGUCUUGACGGCUGGGUCUAUAACAAUGAUACGUCCAUGUGUUAUUAUCACGGUAAAGACCUUACUUUUUCCGACGCGCAGGCAUUCUGCAUUCGCCAUAAGGGAUCUCUAACCUCAAUUCACAGUGCAGCUGAGAACGAGUUUAUCCGAGCAUUGGUCUAUAGUGAGGAUUGUUCUGGGGAAUUCCCAGUGGUUUCUGGGACGACGUUGACGGGAGGAGUCUAUUCUGGCGCCUCAUUGGCAUAUUGGAUGGACGGUACCCAGGUCGACUACACCGGCUUCUGCGACCAUAACGCUAAUAUGGCCUCAUCAACUGUUUUGCUACGUGCUAUGCCGGACACUUGCGAUUUCGGUUGUGGUGGUGGCAAAUGGAUGGCCGGCAUCGACAAGCUCGACUCGGCCCGUGUCUAUCCCGAUUUUGUAUGCAAAGUCUCACCCUUCGUA